AUGUGACUGUGUGGUGUUAUCAGUCACGCCUCCAGUCAGGUGUUUGUUAUCACCAGUAAACCCCACCCUCACUGAUAACACCAUACACUCCCCCGGCCUCUAUCAGUCUUUACUCUGACUCGCAGCCCAUCAUGUCAGGCUACUCGCAGCAGGCGCCCGUCAACAGCCCAUCCACGCCCUCUGCUCCGCCAGCAGAGUCAAACUCCCACGGUCAACUUCAAUAUUCACAGCAGCCAUAUCCACCACAGCCAUAUCCACAACAGCCAUACCCACCACAGCCGUAUACCCAACAGCCGUACCCACCACAGCCGUACCCACAACAGCCGUACCCACAACAGCCGUACCCUCAACAGCCGUACCCACCACAGCCGUACCCACCACCAUACAUGCAGCAGCCAUAUCCCCGCCAACCACCGCAGCCGCCGCCACCAGGCGUGGGAGAACACCAGCGGGUAGUGGUCCACCCGCCACCCGUCAUCCAUGAGACCAUUGUUGUGGAGAACAGGCCUAGGCCUGGGGCAGGUCUCGGGGCAGGGCUCCUGCUGGGCAUGACCGCUGGAGGACACCAUGGCCGUCACCAUCACCAUCACGACCAUCACCAUCGCGGCCGUCACCAUCACAGACAUCACAGGUGGUGAGGCUAUAUCGCCAAUAGCCGCAGCGCCACCAUAUAUCUGAUGACGAUAUAACAUCAGACAAUGCGCGCUUGCUUUCACCGCACACACGAGCUGAUUCAUCAUAACACCUGCCACACAUACCAGCUAAUUCAUCAUAACACCUGCACCACACACCGGGUGGUUCAUCAUAACACCUGCCACACAUACCAGCUAAUUCAUCAUAACACCUGCACCACAUACCAGCUAAUUCAUCAUAACACCUGCCACACAUACCAGCUAAUUCAUCAUAACACCUGCACCACAUACCAGCUAAUUCAUCAUAACACCUGCACCACAUACCAGCUAAUUCAUCAUAACACCUGCACCACAUACCAGCUAAUUCAUCAUAACACCUGCACCACACACUGGGUGGUUCAUCAUAACACCUGCACCACAUACCAGCUAAUUCGUCAUAACACCUGCACCACAUACCAGCUAAUUCAUCAUAACACCUGCACCACACACCGGGUGGUUCAUCAUAACAUCUGGGCCACUUACACACCAGUUAAUUCAUCAUAACAUCUACACCACUUACACACCAACUGGUUGGUCAUGUUUACCAACACAGCCUACACCACACACCACACACUUGUGCCACAAAUUUCAAGUAACCAAUUACAUAUUAACAUAAAUAAACGACCAUAUAGGCCUACAACAAAUAAAUCAUGAGUGAUUUGUGACUCAAUCGUAUAGGGUCUAUAAAUGAUUUAAGACCAAUUCAAAUUUUGAGGGAUAUGCCUAUAACGGCUACAAACAAUAUAACAGCCUUUAUAAACAAGUUUCCAACAGAAUGGCAAGCAACCACGAAGGCCCAGACAAGGUCAAGUAGGCAACAUAAGGUCAUUAACCCUUAAGCUGCUACAGCCUUAAUCAUCAACAAGAUCCAUUCACGUCCUGACCGCAGAGGACCACAUUCCUCGGGCACUACCAUGAAGUCAAAUGAGCAUCCCUCUUGCAUACUGAGACCCGUGCAACUCUCCAUUGUAUUUGUAUUUGCAUACACGUCCGUGUCAUGUACUGUACGGCAGGAACGAAUAUUAAAGUCAAACCAAGUAC